AACAGUAGGCUGGUCCUGGGGGCUAUUGCAGGGUGGUGGGGAAUUUGAAGAACACCCUGGCUUCUUCCAUCAUGGCCAAGAGGGCAGAACUGAAGAAGACAAACCUGAACAAGAACUACAAGGCAGUUUGCCCACAACUGAAGUCAGAGACAACCAAAGUAAGAAGCGUUUUUGUGGCCAUGCCAGCAGCCAGGCCUGAGAGCCACAGGGAGGUGUCUUGGAGUCAGGGGUCAUUUUCUGUUCCUGGAGGCCAAGAUCUCUCCCAGACAUACAAUUGCAAAGAAGUUAAACAGAAAGGGCUGUUCACCAAAACAGGGAUGACGCAGGAGCUGAAGAAUGAACUCAGAGAGGUGAGAGAAGAACUCAAGGAAAAAAUGGAGGAGAUAAAACAGAUAAAGGAUAUAAUGGACAAAGAUUUUGAUAAGCUUCAUGAAUUCGUGGAAAUUAUGAAGGAAAUGCAGAAGGAUAUGGAUGAGAAGAUGGACGUUCUAAUAAAUAUACAAAAGGACAACAAACUCCCUCUUCGAAGAGGAUCAAAGGAGCAGCAGGACCUCAGGCUGAUAGGGACGGCUGACACAGACCUCCAGCUCAGGCCCAAGAAAAUGGACAGAGCUGACAGAGCACCAUCGCCUCUGCACAAGAAGGUGAUGGAACCACAAAAACCAAAAAAGGACCCACUGGAUUCCCUUCACCAGUGUAGGAGCUGCUGCGAGAAAUGUAUAUUGUGUGCCUUAAAGACCAACUGCAAUCAGGGCAGGAAGCUUCCACGCCAGGCCUGGGAGUCCUUUUCACCCUUGGCAUCUGGAGCUGCCUUCUGAUGUAUCUGUGCCUCUUCCCCGAUGAGACGGAGUAUGUGCUUCCAACCUAGUCAGCCACAGAACCCACCAGCAGCUCUGGCUCAUCCUUUGCCCACACGCAGGAUUUACUGUCCCCUUUAAUACCACCCGUACCCAGGC